AUGUCCACAACCUCUUCCUCAGAGCCCCUCGUCCUCCCGUUACCGGCCCAGGACACCGGGUGCGGCUACCCGCUCUGUCCCAAUGAAGAAGAAGACGAGCCGGUGGAGGCCCAGUUUCGCUGCUCUGUCUGCAAGAACGAGUCGUACUGCGGUCUCAGAUGUCAAAAACUGGACUGGAAGAAUCACAAAUGGAUCUGCUCCCCGCUAGCCAUCGACAGCAACACAGCCUUCCUCAAACAUGAUCCUGAAGAGCUUGAAGAGCUCACUCAGGUCAUUCGCCGCUGGAAGGAGGCAUUUGUCAAGAUCCCAGAUUCCGAGAAGAAGAAGAAGGGAUGGAAGGCCAGCUCGAUGCCCGAGUCGCAGGAAUUGCUGAACUUCAACAUUGCUUCAGGUGCCUCGUACACCCGUCUCCCCAAAGACCACACAAAGCGUCCCUUCCGGCUCCCCAUCACCCUCAUCAUCAGGCGCUUCCUCUCCUCCAUGCUCCUGCCCCCAAUUCCUUCAGCACUCGAAACUGUCCCCGACAGCAUUUGCAAGCUGGGAGAAGGAGCUCGACUUCCUCACGGUUGGGGUAAAAUGUACGGACCCAAGGUCGUGCACAAGCCUGCUGAUUUGUCGCCGGGGGAGUAUGAGACAGUCGUGGACUUGAUACCCAUCAUGUUCGUCGAACAGGAUAUGGAAGGCGAGUUGAAAGAGUGGGGUGAUAGGUGGCUUGCCCUGUCUCUGGCGAGGAAGAUGCUCUGGAACGAUGAUGGUGUCGUCAGAGGAGGAUAA